AUGGCCUCCGCAGAGCUCGCCGCCACGUACGCCGCGCUCAUCCUUGCUGAUGACAACAUCGAAAUCUCCUCUGACAAGAUCGUCGCUCUCACUUCUGCGGCCGGCGUCGAGCUUGAGCCCAUCUGGGCUACGCUGCUUGCCAAGGCAUUGGAGGGCAAGAACGUGAAGGACCUUCUGUCAAACGUUGGAUCAGGAGGCGGUGCCGCCGUUUCGGCUGCCCCCGCCGCCGCAGCGGCCGGUGGCGCCCCUGCUGCCGAGGCGAAGGAGGAGGAGAAGAAGGAAGAGGAGAAGGAGGAGUCAGACGACGACAUGGGCUUCGGUCUGUUUGACUGA